AUGCUGAACUAUGCGAAGUUCAUGAAAGACCUUCUAUCAAAGAAACGCAAGUUGAAGGAAUGCGAAACAAUGGCCUUGACAGAGGAGUGCAGUGCAAUCAUCCAGAAGAAACUUCCUCCCAAGAUGAAAGAUCCAGGAAGCUUCAGUAUUCUUAUUGAAAUAGGAAACAUUGAAGUUGGAAAAGCAUUAUGUGAUCUUGGAGCAAGUAUCAACCUGAUGCCACUGUCCAUGUGCAGAGCUCUUGGAAUCAAGGAGCUCAAGCCUACUACCGUUUUUCUCCAGUUAGCUGACAAAUCGAUCAGACGACCAGAUGGGGUAAUUGAGGAUGUUUUAGUUAAAAUUGACAAAUUUAUCUUCCCUGCAGAUUUUGUAGUUCUGAAUAUGGAAGAAGACACCGAGAUUCCCCUAUUACUUGGAAGGCCAUUCUUGGCCACUGCAAGAGCAAUGAUCGAUGUGGAGCAAGGAAAACUGAUGCUGAGGGUGAACGAAGAAACAGUCACCAUUGACGUCUUCGAAUCAAUGAAACAUCCAACAGAUGGAGAAGACUAUUUUAUGAUAGACAUAAUACAAGAAGCAAUUGAUGAUGCUAUGAAAGAGGAGAUUUUCUCGCUUGAGUUAGAACAAAUCAACGAAGAACUUGAAAUAAAUGAUAAAGAACUAGUGGUGGAAGAACUUAAAAGAAAGAAAGAUGACAUCCCUCUUGGAGCACCGAAGGUUGAGCUUAAGGAGUUAUCUCCAAAUUUAAAAUAUGCCUUCCUGGGUAAUAACGAUACAUAUCUAGUCAUCAUCAAUGUUGAGCUAACAACCGUAGAAGAAGAUAAGCUUCUCAAAGUUCUGAAGAAACACAAAGCUGCCAUAGGAUGGUCCUUCUCCGACCUGAAAGGUAUAAAUCCUUCAUUUUGUACUCAUAAAAUUCUAAUGGAAGAUGAUAUGAAACCUGUGAGGCAGCCGCAAAGGAGACUCAAUCCAACCAUGAAAAAAGUGGUUAGGAAAGAAGUAGUAAAACUAUUGGAUGCAGAAAAUUUAUCUAAUGUUUUGCAAAGAUGUCAAGAGAGUAAUCUUGUUUUAAACUGGGAAAAAUGCCACUUCAUGGUGAAAGAUGGCAUAGUUUUAGGACAUAAAGUGUCCCAAGCUGGUAUAGAAGUAGAUAGAGCUAAGAUAUCUGUUAUUGAGAAACUUCCCCCUCCCUCUAACGUUAAAGGUAUUCGAAGUUUUCUUGGUCAUGCAGGUUUCUACAGACGCUUUAUCAAAGACUUUUCCAAGAUAGCAAAACCACUAUGCAAGCUGUUGGUCAAAGAUGAGGAAUUCAACUUCUCAGACGAAUAUUUGAAUUAUGCAACCACUGAAAAAGAGUUACUAGCAGUUGUCUAUGCAUUUGAUAAAUUUAGACCGUAUUUGCUGGGGUCUAAAGUAGUUGUAUACACUGAUCAUGCUGCUUUAAAGUAUUUUUUGAAUAAUCAGGAUGCAAAGCCACGACUACUGAGGUGGAUGCUGCUCCUUCAAGAAUUUGAAGUGGAGAUCAGAGACAAGAAACGUGUAGAAAACUUGGUAGCUGAUCACCUCUCCAAAAUUCAAGAAAAAGAUCUUCAAGACGGACCUGAGCUGAAGAUCAAAGAGGAGUUUCCGGAUGAGAAAAUCAUGGCUAUCAAUGUCAUCUCGGAUCCACAACCAAAGGAAGUAAAGACCACAAGUACACCACCUUGGUUCGCAGACUUUGCAAACUUCAAAGCAGCAGGAGAAAUUCCAGUAGACUUAACAUGGCAACAAAGAAAGAAGUUCUUACAUGACGUCAAGAAAUACUUAUGGGAUAAGCCCUUCCUUUUCUAUAGAUGUGCUGAUGGCGUAAUAAGACGCUGUAUUCCAUAA